CUCGAGGUGAGUCACGUCUCUGGACUGACUGUGGAGAGUUUGAUCAGCAGCAGUGACUUCCCUCCCUGAGCGGGCGACUUCCUCUUCUGAGGUCAGACCUCCCCUCCUCCCUCCGACCCGACAGACUCGGCGCUCUGCAGUCGAACGAGCGUCGAGACAGCGCCCGGACCUCCGCCUGGGCCGGUCGUGACCAUGGCGACGGCGCUGCCCCACUGUUACCACGGCGCCAUCGGCAGGCAGGAGUGCGAGCGGCUGCUGGGUCAGCGGCUCCAGGACGGGACCUUCCUGAUCCGGGACAGCGAGACCAUCGUGGGAGCCCUGUGCCUGUGUGUCUACAAACAGGGAGUGAUCUACACCUACCGGAUCAUGAGGACACACACGGGUCACUACACACUGAUGGUGGCCAGCGGCGUGGCCCAGACCUUCUUCAAGACUCUGCAGGACCUGGUCCAGCACUACAAGGGGCCGGACCAGGGACUUGCCACGCACCUGCGCCACUCGGUCCCGAGACGGACGGCCAUGUUGGUCCGGCACCACAGCGCC